AUGAAUGUCAAUAAAGAUUUGAGUUACGCGUUUACUCUGAGCCGCCAAUGUUUGCGGCUAUUUGGCGCAUGGCCCGAUCCACAAGUCUCCUUGAAUAUUUCUCGGCCAAAUAUAAGAUUCAUCAUCAUUGCCUGCAUCCUGAUUCUCUACGUGAUCGUGCCGCAGUUGACAAAUAUGUUUCGUGCUUGGGGCAACGUGACUCGUGUGGUGGAGAAUCUAGCCUCCGCCAACUUUAGCUUACUGGCAUUAAGCAAAUUAAUCACUACUUGGUAUCAUGGUGAAACACUUCGCACAUUGAUGACAUCGGUGGUGACCGACUGGAGAACCUCGAAUUCUUGGGAACGAGAUACAAUGUUGAACAUUGCGAGACGCGGCAGAAGUUUAGCCUUUAAAUGUUACAUGGCUGUGACGGGUGCAAUAUCGCUUUAUUUAUGUUUCAAUCUAUUGAAGUUGUAUCGAAACCUACCCUUGCAGCAACGUAGUCUCAUCUAUCGUUAUUCAUAUCCAUACAACAGUCAGAAGAGUCCAAACUACGAAAUCACAUUUAUCAUUCAACUUUUCGGCGGCGUAUAUACGGGCAUCAUCAAUUGUACGGUGGACUGCUUUGUCUCGAUACUUUUGCUGCACAUGUGUGCACAGCUAAUAAAUCUACGAAUGACACUUAACAACCUUGUUGGCGAAUUAGCCAACAAAUCUAUUUCGUCUUCGAGAUUUAAGGGAGGUCUACGCACGAUUGCUAUACGACACCAACAUCUCAUCAGGAAUGUCAAGACAAUCGAUGGUUGUUACAGUCCAGUGCUAUUUAUACAUAUACUAGCUGCUACUUUUCAACUAUGUCUUGAAACUUUUCAAGUUUUUACAAUGAUAACAGACAAUGUAGAGAUAUCCCUUAUGAAAGCAGGUUUUCUCUUGUUUUAUGUCUUUGUAGUGUUGAUUGAGUUAUAUACUUAUUGCUAUUCGGCUGAAAGACUUAUAACGGAGAGCACCGGUAUAGCGUAUGGUGUGUACGAAUGCAAAUGGUACGAUCUACCGGUGAAAGAAGCAAAGGAUUUAAUGUUUAUCGUGUAUGGAUCUACAAUUCCGCUUAGAUUAACAGCUGGAAAAUUUGGAGUCUUUUCAAUAGAAAUGUUCGGAACAACGAUAAAAACAUCAAUGGGAUACGUAUCUGCGCUGCUGGCAAUAAAGGAUUAAAGAUAAUAAUAUUAAAAAUAAUAUCUCGAAUUAAAUGCGCAUAAUUGUUACUGUUUGCUUUCUAAUAAUUUAAA